AAAUAAGACAUAUUAACAGGGCAGUCGUGGUAAUCCGGUUCAGGUUAACCAUUGAAACACAUCAGCGGGUCUCUCGACUCGCCUGCCCGGGUGGGUCUGUCUUCAGUACGGAGAGGGAAGGUGCAUAACUUCGCCCCCCUCUUCCGCCCUGCGCGCAUCAGAGGUGGGUCAGGCCGAGCUCCCCCUCCCGUUUGACGGCCACGGUGACGCUCAACAGCCAACCCGGAAACAGCAGCAGCAAAUCGCUUUUCUUCUCCUCUCAGACCGCUGCUGGUUUUCUAGCGUGGUGUCCAGACGUCGACUCCCGUGUUUCUCAACGAGCACCAAGAGGCUGACCUCUGCUCGAGGACUGUGACCCGGGGCCACCUGCCAGGCCGGGCGUCCCUGCUCCUGACAGUCACACAGCUCCACUGCUGGUAUCGUAUCAUGGGGAACCUACUGAAAGUUUUGACUUGCACAGAUCUGGAACAGGAGCCCAAUUUUUUCCUCGAUUUUGAAAACGCCCAGCCCACAGAUGCAGAGCGGGAGGUGUGGGAUCAGGUGGACGUGGUGCUGAAGGACGCAAAGGGGAUCCUGGAUGAGCUGCAGGCGUACAAGGGAGCGGGGCAGGAGAUCAGAGAGGCGAUCCAGAAUCCAAGCGAUGAGGCGUUACAGGAGCAGGCGUGGGCGGCCGUGGUUCCUCUGGUGGGCAAACUGAAGAAGUUCUACGAGUUCUCCCAGAGAUUAGAGGCGGCGCUGCACAGCCUCCUGGGAGCUCUAACCAGCGAGACUUACGACAACACCACUCAGCACCUGGAGCGGGAGCAGGCGCUGGCCAAGCAGUUUGCAGAGAUCCUGCACUUCACACUGCGCUUUGACGAGCUUAAAAUGACGAAUCCGGCCAUUCAGAACGACUUCAGCUACUACAGGAGAACUCUGAGCCGAAUGCGGAUCAACAACGUACCGGCGGAGGGCGAGAAUGAAGUCAACAAUGAACUGGCCAAUCGGAUAUCUCUGUUCUACGCCGAUGCCACGCCCAUGCUGAAAACAUUAAGUGACGGCACGACGAAGUUCGUGUCCGAGAACAAGAACCUGCCCAUCGAGAACACGACGGACUGUUUAAGCACGAUGGCGACUGUGUGUAAAGUCAUGUUGGAAACGCCGGAGUACCGCAGCCGAUUCUCCAGCGAGGACACGGUGUCCUUCUGCCUGCGGGUGAUGGUCGGGGUCAUCAUCCUGUACGACUACGUCCAUCCUGUAGGAGCUUUCGCAAAGUCGUCCAAAAUCGACAUGAAAGGCUGCAUCAAAGUCCUCAAAGAUCAGCCGCCGAACAGUGUAGAAGGCCUUCUCAACGCUCUCAGGUACACAACCAAGCAUCUGAAUGAUGAAUCAACCAACAAGACUAUCAAGAGCAUGCUGCAGUAGCACUGCUGCUAUAACUGCUUGCCUCACACCCUGCUGGAGGGAGACGCCACUCUCCUGACUGAUGUCGGUGCACAGAAUGUUUGUUUUUGUUUUUUGCUUUUAUUUUAUAAUGGAAAAAAAGAGCUACAGCUCCGCCCUCUUUUAUAAUGCAAAAUGCUACUGCCAUUAUGAACGUCUUUUUCUGUGCCAAAAAGAUGUUGCUGAGAUGUUUUCGAUAUUAAAAAAAAAGAGAAAAAAAAGGCCAUGCGACGGUGGCAGCUAUUGAAAGCAUUGUGGUGUUUUUAAAACAUGUCUUGUUUUUCCCUCUAUAAGGGACGGGAGUGCUUUGACUUGAAAAUUUAAAAGAGAGAGAGAUAUAUAGAGAAGUAUAUAUUAUUUUUGUUUGAUUCGUUAUUUAAUAUUACAUCUUCUGCAUGAUGAACAUGAUGAUGUCCUUUUCCUUCUAUUUAAAAAAAAAAACCCAACCUGAUGGUUCAGUUUAAAUCGUCUGCUCUAUUGUGCAUUAUUAAAUGUUUUGUUAAUGAAAUGGUACUUGUCAUGAGAUUUCAGAGUACUGUUUUUAUAUUUUUUAUAGGUUUUAAUUUGUGCAUAUGUCUCGGUUUCUGUUUUUUGUUUUUUUUUCAUAGUUGUGUUGUAUUUUUCAUUGAAAACUUUAAACUGUGAUGUGUGCAAAAUCAAAUUUAAAAAAUUGGGAGUCUGUACUGUAAAUGGACAGUAUGUUGUGGCUGGAGAAAUUAAAAGGAGAACUCUUGUUUUCUACAAAG